ACUGAGAGGGAAAGGCUGAGCGAGGCGGGGCAGGCGCCAGGUUUCCCGCGGUCGGAGGAGAAGCCCUCUUAAAGGGCCAGCCCAUUCCCGUCCUUUUGUUCCGGGGCCGCAGGGCGGGGCAGGCCCAACUUUUCGCUGUCUCCUGGUCUACCCUCCAGAACGACCAUGAUUUCCCAGUUCUUCAUUCUGUCCUCCAAGGGGGACCCGCUCAUCUACAAGGACUUCCGCGGAGACAGCGGCGGCCGGGAUGUGGCAGAGCUCUUCUACCGGAAGCUGACGGGACUGCCCGGAGGCGAGUCUCCUGUUGUCAUGCACCACGAUGACCGUCAUUUUAUUCACAUCAGACACAACGGCCUCUAUUUGGUGGCCACGACUUCAGAGAACAUUUCUCCCUUCAGCCUCCUAGAGCUGCUCUCCCGGCUAGCCACUCUCCUGGGAGAUUACUGUGGCUCCCUGGGCGAGGGGACCAUCUCCCGCAACGUGGCUCUGGCCUACGAACUCCUGGAUGAAGUGCUGGACUAUGGCUACGUACAGACCACAUCCACGGAGAUGCUGAGAAACUUUAUCCAGACGGAGGCCGUGGUCAGCAAGCCCUUCAGCCUCUUUGACCUCAGCAGUGUUGGCUUGUUUGGGGCUGAGACACAACAGAGCAAAGUGGCCCCCAGCAGUGCAGCCAGCCGCCCUGUCCUGUCCAGCCGCUCUGACCAGAGCCAAAAGAACGAAGUGUUCUUGGACGUGGUCGAGAGACUGUCUGUACUGAUAGCCUCUAACGGCUCGCUGCUGAAGGUGGACGUGCAGGGAGAGAUCCGACUCAAGAGCUUUCUGCCCAGCGGCUCCGAGAUGCGUAUUGGCUUGACGGAAGAGUUUUGUGUGGGGAAGUCAGAACUGAGAGGUUAUGGGCCAGGAAUUCGGGUGGAUGAGGUCUCAUUUCACAGCUCAGUGCAUCUGGAUGAGUUUGAAGCUCAUCGAAUCCUCCGCCUGCAGCCACCUCAGGGUGAGCUGACGGUGAUGCGCUACCAGCUCUCAGAUGACCUCCCCUCCCCGCUCCCAUUCCGGCUCUUUCCCUCUGUGCAGUGGGACCGAGGCUCAGGCAGGCUCCAGGUUUAUCUGAAGUUACGUUGUGACCUGCCCCCAAAGAGCCAGGCUCUCAACGUCAGGCUGCACCUUCCCCUGCCGCGAGGGGUGGUCAGCCUCUCUCAGGAGCUGAGCAGCCCAGAGCAGAAGGCAGAACUGAGGGAGGGAGCCCUUCGCUGGGACCUGCCCCGGGUGCAGGGAGGCUCGCAGCUCUCAGGCCUCUUCCAGAUGGAUGUCCCGGGCAUUCCUGGGCCUCCCGGCCCAGGGCCCUCCGGCGCGGCUCCUCUGGGGCUGGGCCCUGCCAGCCUCUCCUUCGAACUUCCCCGGCACACGUGCUCCGGCCUCCAGGUUCGCUUCCUCAGGCUGCCGUUCAGACCCUGCGGCAACGCCAACCCCCACAAGUGGGUGCGACACCUAAGCCACAGUGAUGCCUACGUCAUUCGGAUCUGAGGCUCCCGAAUAAGGACUCAGGCGGCAAGAGCGGGUCUGUGUCGCAGAAGGACGAUCUUUUCUCCUCCAGUGUCCUGGCCUCUUGCUGUGGGUGUGGCUCGAAGAGUCCUGUGUCCUAGAGACUAAGGGAGCUCGGUGGGUUCAACCCUCCUGUGGGAUCUGCCCUGGGAAGGACUGGGGGACCACAACUUAAAAAUGAAACUUUUAUUCUGAGGA